AUGUCAUCUAAUAUUGAUGAUGAAGAACCUACCUCAACUGAAAAAUCUGCAGACUUAAAAAAUAAGGAAGAUAUCAUUAAAUAUGUUGAAAAUCAAGAAUUAUCUUUAAAAAAACAAGAACAACUAGAAAACAGCAUGUGUCUUGUAUUUGUUUGUGCAAGUGUCUUAUUUAAUAUUGCUGGCAAUGAAAUUUUUCAUGCAUGGCUUCAGAAUCUUAGACCAGGUUUUAAUAUACCUAGUUCUAGAACACUUGCAGAAAGAAUUUUUAAUAAACAAAUUAUUAAACUUACUUUAGAAGAUGUAUUAACUAUAGCAGACAAAGCUGAGAAGUUAAAUGAUAAUAAUUCAGAUAAAGGCUCUAUUAAAAAUGAUAAAAUAGAAUUUGAAUUGUUGGAUGAGCUUUUAAAAUUGGAAGAAACUUUUGACUUAAAUUAUGAAAUUUUUACAGAAAAAGGUCAAAGUAAUAGUAUAGAAUCAAAUUCUAAAAAUGUAGUUGAAGAACAACCAAAUUAUGACUAUAAUGUAGAUAAUUUAGUUGAUAAGAUGUUUGCUAAAUAA